AUGGAAGAGAUUUCGACGGAUCCGCUUGUUCCAGCUGUGAAACCCGACCCGAGAACAUCCUCCGUUGCCGCCGAAGGUGCUCAUCGCAACGAAAAUGACGACGGAGGAAGCGGUGGUUCAGAGAUUAGAGCGCCGGAUCUGGAUAAGGACCUGCUCUGCCCGAUUUGUAUGCAGAUAAUUAAAGAUGCUUUCCUCACGGCGUGUGGUCAUAGCUUCUGCUAUAUGUGUAUCAUCACACACCUUAGGAACAAGAGCGAUUGUCCCUGUUGUAGCCAACACCUCACAAAUAAUCAGCUCUACCCUAAUUUCUUACUCGACAAGCUAUUGAAGAAAACUUCGGCUCGGCAUGUGUCAAAAACUGCGACUCCCUUGGAUCAGUUUCGGGAAGCAUUACAAAGGGGUUGUGAUGUGUCGAUUAAGGAGGUUGAUAAUCUUCUGUCACUUCUUGCGGAAAAGAAGAGAAAAAUGGAGCAGGAAGAAGCCGAAAGGAACAUGCAAAUACUGUUGGACUUCUUGCAUUGUCUUAGGAAGCAGAAAGUUGAUGAACUAAAUGAGGUGCAAACUGAUCUCCAGUAUAUUAAAGAGGAUAUAAAUGCCGUUGAGAGGCAUAGAAUAGAUUUAUACCGUGCUCGGGAUAGGUAUUCUGUGAAAUUGCGGAUGCUCGGAGACGAUCCAACCACAAGAAAUGCGUGGCAACUUGAGAAGAACCAGAGUGGUUUCAACUCCAAUUCUGUGAGCAUGAGAGGAGGAAAUUCAUUAGGCAGUUUUCAAAACAAAAAGGUGGAGGGAAAGGCACAAGGAAGCUCUCAUGGGCUGCCAAAGAAGGAUGCAUUGAGUGGGUCAGAUUCCCAAAGUUUGAAUCAGUCAACGGUCUCAAUGGCUAGAAAGAAACGGAUCCAUGCUCAGUUCAACGAUCUACAAGAAUGUUAUCUCCAAAAGCGGCGUCAGUUGGUAGACCAACCAAAUAUUAAUCAAGAAAUUGAUAAGAGCGUAGUACGUAGGGAAGGCUAUAGCAACGGUCUUGCAGAUUUUCAAUCUGUGCUGACUACCUUCACUCGCUACAGUCGUCUGAGAGUUAUAGCGGAAAUUCGGCAUGGGGAUAUAUUUCAUUCAGCCAACAUUGUAUCAAGCAUAGAGUUUGAUCGUGAUGAUGAGCGGUUUGCCACUGCUGGUGUUUCUAGAUGUAUAAAGGUUUUUGACUUCUCGUCGGUUGUAAAUGAACCGGCAGAUAUGCAGUGUCCGAUUGUGGAGAUGUCUACCCGAUCUAAACUUAGUUGCUUGAGUUGGAAUAAGCAUGAGAAAAAUCAUAUAGCAAGCAGUGAUUAUGAAGGAAUAGUAACAGUCUGGGAUGUAAAUACUAGACAGAGUCUUAUGGAGUAUGAAGAGCACGAAAAACGUGCCUGGAGUGUUGACUUUUCUCGAACAGAACCAUCAAUGCUCGUGUCUGGUAGUGACGAUUGUAAGGUUAAAGUUUGGUGCACAAGGCAGGAAGCAAGCGUGCUUAAUAUUGACAUGAAAGCAAACAUAUGUUGUGUCAAAUACAAUCCUGGCUCAAGCAAUUACAUUGCGGUCGGAUCAGCUGACCAUCACAUCCAUUAUUACGAUCUAAGAAACAUAAGCCAACCACUUCAUGUCUUCAGCGGACACAAGAAAGCAGUUUCCUAUGUAAAGUUUUUGUCCAACAACGAGCUCGCUUCUGCAUCUACAGAUAGUACACUACGCUUAUGGGAUGUUAAAGACAAUUUGCCGGUUCGAACAUUCAGAGGACACACUAACGAGAAGAACUUUGUGGGUCUCACAGUGAACAGCGAGUAUCUCGCUUGCGGGAGCGAGACAAACGAAGUUUAUGUAUAUCACAAGGAGAUCACGAGACCCGUGACAUCGCACAGAUUUGGAUCACCAGACAUGGACGAUGCAGAGGAAGAGGCUGGUUCAUACUUUAUCAGUGCGGUUUGCUGGAAGAGCGAUAGUCCCACGAUGCUGACUGCGAAUAGCCAAGGAACCAUCAAAGUUCUGGUACUCGCUGCUUGA